AAAUAAUCCGCAUCAUCAAUCCAAUAUAAAUAUUAAAAUAUUAAAAAUUAAAAAUUAAAAAAUUAAUAAUAAUAAUAAAUAAAUAAGAAGAAGAAAAAGUAUGCGUUAACAAACCCAGAUUUUGAUCGUUCGGUAAGCUUUGCCCACUUCAGAGAAAGACAGAGCAGAGCAAAAAGAGGUAGUAGGAAUUAGCAGCCCCAUGGCCACCGACUUCAAGUCCAUCCCCAUAAUCGAUAUAAGUGCUCUGUUGGCCAAGUGUGAUGAUCCAAAAAUGGCUGAGGAUCCAGGUGUGUCUGACGUUGUUAGACAGCUAGACCAAGCUUGUAGAGAGGCUGGAUUCUUCUAUGUGAAAGGCCACGGUAUUCCUGAUUCCCUCCUCAAAGAGGUAAAAAGUGUGGCUCACAAAUUUUUUGAUCUUCCAUAUGAAGAAAAAAUCAAAAUCAAGAUGACUGCAGAGGCUGGGUUCAGAGGAUACCAGAGAGUUGGAGAAAAUAUAACCAAAGGCAUACCUGACAUGCAUGAGGCUAUUGAUUGCUAUAGAGAAGUAAAGGAAGGGAUGUAUGGAUCUCUUGGCAAAACCAUGGAAGGAUAUAACCAAUGGCCAUGCAAUCCUCAAAACUUCAAAGAACUAAUGGAUGUAUAUAUCAGACUCUGCACAGACCUUUCAAGAAAAAUUAUGCGGGGAAUUUCUUUAGCAUUGACUGGAUCGCCAGAAGAAUUUGAAGGCGGAAGAGCUGGAGAUGCAUUUUGGGUGAUGCGUAUCAUAGGUUACCCAGUUGUACCAACAGCAGAUGGUCCAGGCCCAACAAAUGACAUUGGAUGUGGAGCUCACACUGACUAUGGUCUGUUGACGUUGGUUAAUCAGGAUGAUGAUAUAACCGCACUACAGGUAAGAAACCUGUCUGGUGAAUGGAUAUCAGCUCCUCCAAUUUCUGGAACAUUUGUAUGCAACAUUGGUGACAUGCUAAAGAUUUACUCCAAUGGCUUGUAUGACUCAACCUUGCACCGCGUUAUCAACAAGUCUCCAAGAUAUCGGGUUUGUGUAGCAUAUUUCUAUGAGACAAACUUCGAUACAGCAGUGGAGCCUUUGGAAACUUGUAUACAGAGGUCAGGUAGAGCUAAGAAGUUCGAAAGAGCUGUAUAUGGGGAGCAUUUGGUCAGCAAGGUCCGAACCAAUUUCGGUUAGGAGCUGAGAUGAUGAGAUGAAUGUUCCGGUGUUAUUGCUGUGAUUGCGUUCAUCUGG